GUCGUGAAUGAUUCACGUUGUAACGAAUUUAUAUUUAAUUAAUUUUGAUGUUUUUAUAACUAAUUAUUUAUUUAAAAACUAUUUAUUCAAUAAAUCAAACCCAAUUUAUCAUCAUUUAUUUAUUAUUGAAUAGUAUAGUGUUUUAAGUAUUCAAAAAGUAUAUCGGAAAAUUAAAAUGGGUUGUGCCGUGAGUACAGCAAGAGAUAAGGAAGCUAUAGAGCGAUCAAAAGAAAUCGACAGGGCAUUACGUACAGAUGGAGAAAAGUUUACAAAAAUGGUGAAACUACUUUUAUUGGGUGCUGGUGAGUCUGGCAAAUCAACAAUAGUUAAGCAAAUGAAAAUUAUUCAUGAGACUGGGUAUUCUCAAGAAGAAUGUGAACAAUAUCGUCCAGUUGUAUAUAGCAAUACAAUACAAAGUUUAAUGGCAAUUAUUCGUGCAAUGGGACAAUUAAGAAUCGACUUUGCAGAUCCUUCUAAAACAGACAUUGCUCGACAAUUUUUUACAUAUGCCUCAGCAGCUGAAGAAGGAGUUUUAAUGCCUGAAUUGGUACAAUUAAUGAAGAAAUUGUGGGCGGACCCAGGUGUACAACAAUGUUUUGCAAGAUCGCGAGAAUAUCAAUUAAAUGAUUCAGCUGCCUAUUAUUUAAAUUCGUUAGAUAGAAUAUCACAUCCAACCUAUAUUCCAACACAGCAAGAUGUAUUGCGAACGCGUGUCAAAACAACUGGAAUUGUUGAAACACAUUUUAGCUUUAAAGGUUUACAAUUUAAAAUGUUUGAUGUUGGAGGUCAAAGAUCAGAAAGAAAAAAAUGGAUUCAUUGUUUUGAAGGAGUUACCGCAAUAAUUUUUUGCGUUGCUUUAUCAGGGUAUGAUUUAGUAUUAGCGGAAGAUGAGGAAAUGAAUCGUAUGAUUGAAUCGAUGAAAUUGUUUGAUUCUAUUUGUAACUCGAAAUGGUUUGUGGAAACAUCAAUAAUUUUAUUUUUAAAUAAGAAAGAUCUUUUUGCUGAAAAAAUUCAAAGAUCUCCCCUAACUAUAUGCUUUCCAGAAUAUGCAGGUCCAAAUACCUACGAAGAUGCAGCUCAAUAUAUACGUAUGAAAUUUGAAAACUUAAAUAAGAAAAAAGACCAAAAAGAAAUAUAUACGCAUCUGACAUGUGCCACAGAUACCUCAAAUAUUCAAUUUGUAUUUGAUGCCGUCACAGAUGUUAUUAUUAAGCAAAAUCUUAAAGAUUGUGCAUUACUUUAAAUGGAAAUUAUUUACAAAUCGUAUUUGAAUUAAAUUGCACACAACUUUUAUAUUAAAAAAAACGAACAAACUAAAACAAUGAAAGCAAAUAUUAAAAUAUUUUAUUUAUGUGGAAAAAAUAUUAAUUUACUGUCUAAGUAAUAUUUAACAUUUGUUUCAAACAACAAAAAAUUAAUUUUUGAGCUAAAUUUUUUUUUUUAUUAAAACUACUAGACAGCAAUAUACUCGAGUCAUCAAUAUU